AUGGUGACGUUCCAGACGGGCGACGUGGCCACCACCGAGAGCUACCUGGACACGGGGAUGAAUGGGAUCCCGAACCUCUCGCAGGUAGGUCGCUUUCGUCACGGGUUCUGGAAGGGCUGUCGGGGAAUUUAUAGGGUCGGGGGGGGUCGGGGGAUAGGUCACGGUCGGGUCGGGGGAUAUGUCGGGGUCGGGGAAUUUAUCAGGGGUCGGGGAAUUAUAUCAGGGGUCGGGGGAUAUGUCAAGGUCGGGGAAUUUUAUCUGGGGUCGGGGAAUUUAUCAGGGGUGGGGGAUAUGUCAGGUCGGGGAAUUUAUAUCAGGGUCGGGGAUAUGUCAGGGUCGGGGAAUCAGGGGUCGGGGGAUAUGUCAGGGGUUGGGGAUUUGUCACGGGUCGGGGAAUAUAUCUGGGGUCGGGGAAUAUAUCAGGGGAUUGGGGAUAUGUCACGGGUCGGGGAAUUUAUCUGGGGUCGGGGUAUAUGUCACGGGUCGGGGAAUUUAUCUGGGGUCGGGGGAUAUGUCAGGGUCGGGGGAUAUGUCAGGGGUUGGGGAAUUUGUCACGGGUCGGGGAAUAUAUCUGGGGUCGGGGAUAUGUCACGGGUCGGGGAGGGGUCGGGGGAUUAUGUCACGGGUCGGGGAAUAUAUCUGGGGUCGGGGAAUUUUUUAGGGAUCGGGAAAUAG